UAGUACAUGGUUCUACAGCUGGGGUACAUGCACAUGUUCGGUGCCAUUUACAAUAGCAGGUGUCGCUGCAUUUACUAGCCUCAUUUGUCACAGGUUAAGCUUGGCGGCUAUCAAAAUUGUGGCUCAGAUUCAAAGCUUUUCUCUCCCCGUUGUGUUGACCACUCCAGUUGCUGCUGUUACAGUGUACAUUGUAUCUACACAGUUACAAGAAGGACUCGACUACUGUACCUUUCCGUUUCCCUGGUGGGAUUGUGACGGUUCAACACCAGACAUUUAUUACAUGGUUGUAGCAUCAGCGACUGGUUAUAUAUCACUAAUUCUACUCACCUCUCAUAUCUGGACCAAUAACAUCGAAAGGAUGAUGAAGGGAAACGAGAUAUACCUCAAGUCGUUAUAUUGUGGAUCAUUAUUUGACCAAUCAUUGUUGCUGAACCGGCGUAGGCAACUACAGACUCUUGACGAAUCAACGGUGAAAUUAAACAGAAAUGGAAAAGUUCAUCCGGAGCAAGAAGCUACAAGGGAAAGGAAACAGUCGAUAAACGCCGACCCUGUUCCAAUGAUAUAUUUAUGUGCUACCAUGUGGCAUGAGACCGAAUUAGAAAUGAAACAGCUACUGAAGUCUCUGUUUAGGAUGGAUAAAGACCAAUGGGACAUUUCGCGUUGUGCAGAACACCCUGAUAGAUACAAUUUUGAAGCUCAUAUUUUCUUUGAUGAUGCCUUCACUAAAAACAGUAGCUGUGCAAAUGAAUUCGUCCAAACGUUCGAUACUGCACUAAAAUCACUGACAUCUACGAGUAAGAAUAAAACAAUGAAGACACUACCAAAGGAAGUUACACCAUACGGGGGUAAGCUGAAGUGGAUACUACCGUAUGGAAACAAGUUAAUAGCGCAUUUAAAAGAUGAGAAGAAAAUCAGGAAAAAGAAGCGAUGGAGUCAGGUGAUGUACAUGUAUUAUUUCCUUUCAUAUAAACUUGGAGUAAACUAUAAGGAAAAAGAAUUUGAGAUGGAGAGAGAAUUUGAGAAAUUAAAAGAGAAAGCAAAGAGUAUAUUUAUCCUUGCUUUAGACGGUGAUGUAGACUUUAAGCCAGCAGCUGUAAAGCUUCUUGUUGAUCGAAUGAAGAGAAAUGAAGAGGUCGGGGCAGCUUGUGGGAGAAUACAUCCUAUUGGAGAAGGCCCAAUGGUAUGGUACCAGAAGUUUGAAUACGCUGUUAGUCACUGGUUAGUGAAGGCUACUGAACACGUGGCUGGCUGUGUUUUAUGCAGUCCAGGUUGCUUUAGUCUGUUUAGAGGAUCAUCUCUAAUGGACGCUAAAGUUUUGAAGGUGUACACAACUUCAUCAACGGAAGCAAGGCACCAUAUUCAAUACGACCAAGGAGAAGACAGGUGGCUGUGUACAUUACUGCUAAAACAAGGUUACAAAAUUGACUAUUGCGCUGCAUCAGAUGCCUAUACCUUUGCACCUGAAGAGUUUAAAGUAUUUUUCAACCAAAGGCGUCGUUGGACACCAUCAACCAUGGCAAACAUUAUGGACUUACUCUCUGACUGGAGAAGCGUCACAAAAAGAAACAAUUAUGUCACACUGCCAUACAUUGGGCUUCAGGCAUUCUGGUUCCUGUCAUCUUUGGUGACUCCUGGUGUUUUGCUAUUGAUGAUUGUAGGAGCAAUAAAUCUUAUUUAUUCUGACCUGUCACUCAUAGGAAGCCUUCUAAUUAAUCUGAUACCAAUCGUAGUGUUUGUUCUCCUUUGUUUCUUUGGAAGUACUGAUCACCAGUUAAAUUUUGCAGCAGCCUCGUCAGUCGUCUAUUCUCUGGUGAUGAUGAUAGUUCUAAUAGGUCUGAUAAAUGAAUCAGUUAAACAGGGAUUUUGUUCCAUAACUACACCUUUCUUCUUGAGUGUCUGUGGAAUAUUCGUCAUCACUGGACUAAUGCAUCCACAGGAGAUGAGUUGUUUAUUGCAUGGAUUAUUGUUUUUCAUCGCAAUACCUUCUAUGUCCAUUCUUCUGAUGAUUUAUUCAAUAAUAAACAUGAACAAUGUAUCCUGGGGAACAAGAGAAGCUCAGCAGAUCUUGGCAAAAGGCCACAUAAGCAGCAAGAACAGAUUUCAAAGUUUUCUUGACAAAAUCGGUUGCAGUUCCAUUCCCCAGGAUCAAAACAAUGAAGAUAUAGAAGGACAACCACAACAGGACGAACAUGUACAUAAAGCAUCACUGUCUUUUGAAAGAGAAGGAACCCGCAAUAGAGAAGAAGAUGAAUUUUGGAAAUGGUUAAUAAAUACAUAUCUUCACCCUAGUGGUAGUUCUCCAAAUACUGAUAUAGAUGAAGAGGAAGAAAGCAGAUGUAUCGAAGAAAACUUAAAAAAGAAAGAACUAGAACUUAAGCAUUUAAGAAAUAAGGCAAGCCUGGCUUUUUUGUUGAUCAAUGGCAUUUUUACAACAACUCUAUUUUUCUUGCAAAAAAUCAAUGCCGACAAUAAAGGAGAUUUGUCAAUUCAGCUGACGUGCUUGGAUGGAAGAAGUCUUCAUCUGGAACCAAUCAGCAUGACAUUUACGCUGGUGUUUGGAAUUUUGUUGACAGUCCAGUUUGUGUGCAUGAUUGUUCAUCGAUUCAAAACGUUUCUGCAAAUCAAUUCAAUUACAAGAAUACGACAGCACCCUGACAUCGACAGUUUAUGCCUGGACAUUGGAGAUGAACAAAAAGAAGAUGAACAUCAUGACGACUGCAUUAAGCAAGAUACUUCGGCGGAGAAUGAAAAUGCAUUGGGACCAUUAGAAAGGACCAAUGCUAAGAAGAAAACUAAAUCCAAAGGAAAGAAAAAGAAGUACAGGAGAAGUAAUACAAGUAAUGUUGAACCAAGCACAAGCGAUCAAGUUCUGUCACGAGUAGAUCAAAAGGAGAAAAAUGACAUUGAUUCUGUCGGUGGAAAAUAUAAUACAAUACCAGUACAAAGUACUUUUACGGCGAAAACUCCACUGCCUGAUAUUGCAAGGUCAUAUCCGUUGCCCGAUAUACACAUAAAACAUAAUGCCGAAAACCAGAGUAGCUUAGACAUACCGCCAAUAAAUACAUAAAUUUAUUCAUCAUUUACAGACAGUUCGUAUGUGGAAUUCUAUUAAAACUCGUAUAGUAAAAAUAUUGUUGUAUACUUAUCAUUGACUUUCAAAACAAUGGAUUAUGUUUGUCGCUGACGUAUACCUA